AUGAUUGAACAAGAGGAAGAAGCAAAAAUACGGGCCAAAGAGGAAAAGGAGAACCUGAAGCUAGAGCAACAGAGGAUCGGAAAUACUUUACAGAAUGAACUUGACGUACCUGGAGAAAAACGUGUGAAUAGAGCCUAUUCUAUGGACAUGCAAAUCGCUUUGCAGGAUGAACGUGUUCGGACUAAAAUACGCACUGAAAGACGAAGACGCAGUAUAAUUCAGCAAAGACGAAGGAAAUUUUCUAAAGCGACAAGAGAAGUGGACUUUUCUGGUUUUGAAGCAACUGAAGAUGUGCAAGAACAAAAUAUGAAUGUAGAAGAUGAAGAAAUUGAACAAUUGUCAGAUCUUGAUUCUGGAGAUGAAUCUGAUAAUUCAAAAGGAACUGCUGAUGACCGUAAAAAGAGGAAUGGUGACAUUGAAGAUCUGUUGGCCGUUGCCUUGAAAAGUGGAGAGGAAGAGCUUGACAAAAAACGAGGAUUUAUUAAAUAUAAACGGCAGAAAGUUAUUUACAGGCCUCCUGAACAACGACUAAAAGAUUGGGAUGAGGUUGUUGACUAUAGAGCAGUUCGAUCUAAUAUUAGAGAGCAAGCAGCACGAUGUAUGGAUUGUGGAAUUCCAUUUUGUCAAGGAAAUACUGGUUGUCCUCUUGGAAAUAUAAUUCCAAAAUGGAAUGAUUAUGUUUUUAAAAAUAAUUGGAGACAAGCUCUUGAACAGCUUUUACAAACAAACAAUUUUCCUGAAUUUACUGGUCGAGUUUGUCCGGCUCCUUGUGAGUCUGCGUGUUGUGUUGGAAUUAGUUCACCGCCGGUAACGAUAAAGGGAAUUGAAUGUGCUAUAAUUGAUUAUGCUUUUUUGAAUAAUUGGAUAGAGCCACAAAAACCUCCAACUCGAACUGGAAAGAGAAUAGCUAUCAUUGGUAGUGGACCUGCAGGACUGGCAGCUGCUGCACAGCUUAACAAGGCUGGUCAUACUGUUGUUGUUUAUGAACGAAAGAAUAGAAUUGGUGGAUUACUUCGCUAUGGAAUUCCACAAAUGAAAUUGGACAAAUUUGUUUUGGAUCGUCGGUUAAAGCUAAUGGAAGAAGAAGGGAUAAGAUUUAUUGCAAAUACAGAAAUUGGAAAACACGUACCCGCUGACUUAUUAUUAAAAGAAAACGAUGUUUGUGUUUUAUGUACAGGAAGUACAACACCUAGAGAUAUUAGAAUUCCUGGAAGAGAAUCUAAAGGAAUUUGUUUUGCAAUGGAAUUCUUAGAAAAAAGUCAACGACGAAGAGCAGGCGAUAAUGUUUCAUGGGAAGGAUUGGAUCCCGCUUCUAAAAAAGUUAUUGUUUUGGGUGGUGGAGAUACUGCAACUGAUUGUAUUGGAACUUCUUUAAGACUUAAUGCAAAGUCUGUUCAAGCUUUUGAAAUUUUACCUCAACCACCACCUGAAAGAAAACCUGAAAAUCCUUGGCCUCAAUGGCCCACUAUUUUCCGUGUGGAUUAUGGACAUGAAGAGGCACAAGCACGUGAUGGAAAAGAUCCAAGAACUUAUGCGAUCAGUACAAAGGAAUUUAUUACCGAUGACAAAAAUGGUGUUCAAGUAGUGACUGGACUUAAAACAAUUGCAAUAGAAUGGGUUAAAGAUGAUAAAGGAGCCUGGAAAAUGCUUGAAAAGGAGGGAACUGAAGAGAUACAUGAAUGUGAUCUUUGUAUUUUGGCAAUGGGAUUUGUGGGCCCAGAAAAGACAGUAAUUGAUCAACUUAAAUUGGACUAUGACAAUCGUCAAAAUAUAAAAACACCGGUAGAGAAAUACAAUGCAAGUGCUGCCAGAGUUUUUGCAGCAGGAGAUUGUCGAAGAGGCCAAUCUUUAGUAGUAUGGGCAAUACAUGAAGGUAGACAAGCUGCUAGACAAGUUGAUCAUUAUCUUAUGGGAUCGACAAAUCUAGCUGGGCAUGGUGGAAUUGUUAUGGAUCCAAUUCCAGAUUGAUUUAAAUUGAAUUUUCUUAUUUUUUGUUAGCUAUUUUGUUUUUAUGCUAUGAAUACCUUAAAUACUGAAUUUCAAUGACAUACUUCCAUUGAAUGUCACAAAAAUUUCUUGAUUGUGCGUAUUAGUUUUCAGAAAAUAUGACAUUAAAAUAGAAUGGAAGUAUAAGUCUGUAAUUCAAGCUUUAUGGUAUAUAAUAUUUUAUACUGCAUUUAUGCACCGACCCACAUGAUAAUAUUUGAUUGCUUUUUAUGCGAAAUAAAGAAUUUUUAAUUUUAUAAAUGUUUUUAAAUUUAUAUGACCCAUAAGAUCGCUACAAAUCUUCAGUUUUCAGACCACAAGAUCACCGCCACUUCCAGACCCAUGACUAUCCAAAAGAUCACUUCCAGAAUGUCAAAUUUAUUACAGUAUCCACGACUUCCAAAAGAUCACCUCCAGAAUGUCAAUUUAUUACAUAUCCACGACUUCCAAAAGAUCACUUCCAGAAGGUCAACUUCAUUACAGUAUCUAUGACUUCCAAAAGACUUCCAAAAGAUCACCUCCAGAAUGUCAAAUUUAUUACAGUAUCCGCG